GGCAGUACAAUCAAAAUAAACACAACUAUCCCUGUUUAAAGGAUUUGCUCGGUAAAGCCUCCCAUGUAGCCUUGCAAAUUAUGGUUGACGAAAUUGAUCGAUUGAAAAAUACACUAAAAGGGGACGUGUCAAAGUGCGGGUGUACAGUAUGGGCUAGCUGUGGCUUGCCAUGUAGUUGUCGACUUCUAACAUACAUGCAGGAACGAAGGCGUGUUCAAGAAUAUGAGAUAGAUGCAUUUUGGUGCAGGCUCGAUAUAAACCCGUCCACCUGCCUGCCUGGAAAUGUGAAGAAAGACUCGGAUGAUGACGAGCCUGUUGAGGACUUUUGUGGCGAGCUUGAUGUCAAAAAUAAAGGACCUCAUCUAUCCGGGUCGGUCCAAAAUCAAGGAUCCGGAGGUCCAAAAGAAAAUACGUGGUAG